GGUGGAGAGGUUCCUAUAGAAUUAAUGAACUUAGUUGGAUUGAUAAGCUUGAAUUUAGCCAGAAAUGAAUUCACGGGGCAUAUCCCUAUCAAUAUUGGAGAUAUGCAAAGCUUAGAAAGUUUGGAUCUAUCGAGGAACCAUUUCUCAGGACAAAUUCCGGAGAGCAUUGUGAAGCUAAGUAAGUUGAACUAUCUCAACUUAUCCUACAAUCAAUUGUCAGGUAGAAUUCCGAGUGGGACCCAACUUGACACCUUCAAAGAAUCAAGUUACUAUGGAAAUUCUGAACUUUGUGGAAUGCCACUUUUCAAGACUUGUAAAGAUGAUGAACAUAAUAUCCACAAUGGAGGAAGCAAUUCCAAUGAUGAUGAUGAUUUUGGUUUGUUCCUUGGUAUGGGUCUUGGUUUUGUUGUUGGACUAUGGAGUAUACUGGGAACCUUAUUGCUUAAGAAGUCAUGGGCAUUCACUUACUUUCAGUGGUUUGAUGAUAUGACAAAUAACAUUUAUGUAUAUGUCGCCGUGAAAAUAAACCGGCAUUUUUAUCAUUAAAUUAAAUGAUAUAUGCAUAAUUAUUUUAUUUUGUAAAUUUGUCAUUGGAGACCUGCUUCUCUAUAGAUUGUCUUGUUUGCUCGUCUAUAUGUUUACCAAUUUGCUAAGUUGAAUUUUAUGUGCA